AUGGAUGGUUUAUCCUCGGCGGCAAGCGUUAUCGCCGUCAUUCAGCUAACGGGAACUCUCGUGAAGCUUUGUGGGGGCUACAUUCAAGAGGUGAAAGAUGCACGAGACGAAAUUUUAACCCUGCAGCGGGCGAUUGCAGGCCUUCAAGGGACACUCCAAGACCUGCAGAGAUUUCUUCAAAGUAACCACGGAAAGGCCCUACCUACCUCCUCACGACUAGUUAGCAAUUUUACCGAUUGCCUCUCCGACAUCCGAGCCUUAGAAGCGAGACUUGAUCCAGGAAAAGGAAAGAAGCUGAUGAGAAAAGUGGGAUUACGAGCCUUAAAGUGGCCCCUGAAACGCACAGAGGUGGAGAGCGUUAUUCACAAUCUCGAGAGAUAUAAAUCUUCAUUCCUCUUGUCUUUGCAGGUGGAUCAGAGCUCUCUGAUGGUCGGCGUGGUCGACAAUACCGAUCGUAUUAAUCAAUAUAUGGAUCUUGGGAAGUUGGAAGGCGCACCGGAGGCAGUGUUUGGGUCAUUCUCCGAUCGAGACGAAGUCCAAUGUCUCCAAGGUACUAGGACCGAGCUCCUCCAGCAGAUAAUGGGAUGGUCUAUGUCACCGUCCCAAAAAAGCAUUUUCUGGUUGAAGGGAAUGGCUGGGACAGGAAAAUCCACAAUAUCUCGGACUGUGGCAAGGUCGCUCAAGGACGCCAACCAGCUAGGUGCCAGCUUCUUCUUUAAGCGGGGCGAAGGGGACCGAGGGAACGCGAAGAGGUUUUUCCCGACAUUAACAAGGCAACUGAUGCUCAAAAUCUCUGGUAUGAGGCCCGGCGUGCAAAAGGCACUCGACCAUGACCCUGACAUUGCGUCAAAAUCGCCUAGGGAGCAGUUUGAGAAACUACUCCUUCAACCGCUGCUCAAUGUUGACCAACUUGGCCCGCAACCUCAAACCGCUGUGAUGGUGAUCGACGCUUUGGACGAAUGUGAACAUGAUGAAGAUGUCCGAAACAUAAUUCAAUUACUACCUCUUCUACAGCAAGCCAAAGCGGUUCGCCUUCGGAUCUUCUUGACUAGCAGGCCUGAACUUCCAAUCAGCCUCGGCUUUUCAGAGAUCGCGGAUCAUGAAUAUCAGGAUCUAGCUCUUCAUGAGAUUCCCGAAGAAGUGACAGAAUAUGACAUACGCUUAUUCCUACAGGACCGAUUUACGAAGAUCAAACGCGACAGGUGCAUUGCCCCUGGCUGGCCUGGCGAUGACGUCAUCCAUGAAUUGGUCACGAUGUCCGUUCCACUUUUUAUUGCGGCUGCCACUGUGUGCCGGUACAUCGAAAACUCAAAAUGGGAGCCCAAAUCGCGCCUCGCGGAGCUUCUGAGUGACCAAGCUAAAUAUACAUCAAAAUUGGAUAAGACAUACCUGCCAAUUCUGACGCGCCUACUGAACGAUCAAGAGAUUGAUGAGCCGGAGCAGCAGCAGCUCCUGCAAGAGUUCCAGCAAAUAAUCGGUGUCAUCAUCCUUCUUGCUGUUCCGCUUUCUAUAAAUACGCUAUCGCUGUUUCUUGGGAUAGAAGCAGACCAGAUCAGUUUCAGAUUAGAUUUAUUCCGAUCAGUUCUAAGCAUUCCUAGUGACCGAGAUCAGCCUGUUAGGCAGUAG